AUGCCAUCAGGAGAUGUUGCGAUAGCUCCAUCAUUAUCCACUCAUCAAGACGAUUCAACAUUCACUUAUGACAAAGUACAAACCAAAAAAAAGGAAAGACAACACUUAAAAUUAAAAAAUAGAGAUGAUUAUCAAGAACUCAUAAAUAAAAUCAGAUCCUACUACUCAUUAGAUGAACUUAUUGCAGACCUUGGUGAUUCAGAUUAUGAUAAAGUUACAUUACAAUUCCCAGAUGAAUUAAUUUGCGAUUCAGCUACGAUGGUACAACUUUUACAACAAGAACUUCCCGAUAAAAAAUUUUGGAUUUUGGCAGAUACAUCUUAUUCAUCAUGUUGUGUUGAUGAAGUUGCAGCAGAACAUGUACAAAGUGAUUUGGUGGUACAUUUUGGAGAUGCUUGUUUGAAUGAAGUGGCGAAGAUUAAUGCUAAAUAUGUAUUGGGAAAACCUGAAGUUGAUUUAGAUGAAAUACUAUCACAGUUUAAACAAAAGUUCAGUAAGGAUGAUAAAAUUGUUUUAAUGGCAGAUGCCCCACACACCCAUAUUUUGAAUAAGCUAAAGAAAAGUCUAAGGGAGUACAAAGAUAUUGUCAUAGCGGAAUUGAUAUCAACCGCAAAUACUAACAUAAUUGGAUACAAUCCAACCAUUGAAUAUUCACACACUCAAUUUAACAGAGCAUUUCCAAUUCACAAUUUCUCAAACUAUCAUUUAUUUCAUAUAACAAAACCAGAAGCACCACGAUUACUACAACUCUCAACUAAUUUUGCAUCAGUUACGACUUAUGAUCCGACCACUAAUAAGUUAUCACAAGGUCCAUUUCCUAAUUUAAUGAGAAGGUACAAAUUUGUUCAUAUGGUACGAAGCUCAGGUACGAUUGGAAUAUUGGUGAAUACAUUAUCUUUAUCUAAUACUAAACAAUUAAUCAAUACAAUCAAACAUAAAAUUACACAAGCUGGUAAAAAAGUUCACAUUUUAGUUGUUGGUAAACCAAACGUUGCAAAAUUAGCUAAUUUCGAUAGUAUUGAUUUAUGGUGUGUUUUAGGUUGUGAUCAUAAAGGAAUUAUAAUUGAUCAAACUAAUGAAUUUUAUAAACCUAUUGUAACUCCGUAUGAGCUAUUAUUAGGAUUAAGUGAUGAGUUAACAUGGACUGGAAGAUGGAUAACUGAUUAUAAAAGUGUUAUUCAAGAAUAUAAAAAUGAAGAAGAAGAAGAAAAUGCUGAUAGGAACAGCAAUGAUAACGAUAAUAACAGCUCAGAUGAAGAACCAGAAUUUGACCCAGUAACUGGUAAAUAUGUAAGUAAUUCAAAGCCUUUAAGACAAAUAAAUCAUUUAUCCAUAAAAAAUACAAGUGAAGAUACGCCAAAUGAAAAUGCCUUAGUUGAGAGGUUUUCAAACAAAGUUGCAAUAAGAAAUACUGUCAGUACAUCAGCUAUGCAUUUACAAAAUAGACAAUGGACUGGGUUAGGUAGUGAUUAUAAAAAUAAUGGUGAUUCUGAUGAUGAUUCUGAUGAAGAUGAAGGAGCAGUAGUUGAAGAAGGCAGAGGAGGAAUAGCGAGAGGUUAUGAUUAUGAUACGCAAGCUAAAUAG